CACUUUCGUUUCCGGCGAGGUAAUUUUGCUCCGCGUUUUCGCAAUUUUAACCGAUUAUCACAUAGUCUGAGCACCCGGCCGGCCAUGUGCCAAUAAGUUGACGAGCAAAACAGGCUGCCAACGAAAACCAAAGUAAUCCCCAAAUCUGGUUCCCUUGUAAUCCCCGCAGACAUUUUACAUCAUGGACAAUUCAGCCAAGAACCGCUACGAACUGUUGUUCAUGGACGACGAUGACUCCUCCGCGCCUGCCCAGCCACAGAUUCCCGCUGCCGCCGUAGUGGCGGCGCCGGCGAAGAAACCGGAACAGCCGAAGGUGGCCAAGAGCAAGCAGGAGAAGGAGAACAAGCCGGUGGCGUCGGCCCGCAAGGUUAAUAGCUCGAAUCCGGCGGCCAAGAACGCGAGUCCGGUGAAGCCAGGCGGCGGCAAACUGGCGCCCUCUGCUGGCGGAGAUUCGGGUCGCCCCAGGAACGCAGCCACAAAUGGACAGAGGGACAACCAGGGCCGCUUCAACAACAACAACAACAACUACAACAACCAGCGCUACGGAAACAAGGAAUCGUCCGGGGAAUUCGGCAACGAGCUGCCCCAGCGUCAAUUCAACAAUCGUGAUAACAGGGGGCCACCACGCGCCCGCACCGGCGGCGAGAAGUUCGGAAAGCGCGAGUUCGAUCGCCAGUCGGGAUCCGAUAAAACCGGCGUCAAGUCAAUUGACAAGCGCGAGGGAGGCGGUGCCCACAACUGGGGUUCCCCGAAGCAGGACAUCGAGGACCUGAAGACCGCCGGCGGCGAGUCGUCUCCGCAGGCGGAAAAGGAGGACUCGGCCAACGAGCAGUCGGCCGAUCCCGCUGUGCCCGCCGAGGAGGACGAGUCCAAGCUGAUGACCCUCGACGAGUGGAAGGCUCUGCGGGAUCAGCGCGCCAAGCCCAACUACAACUUGCGCAAGGCCGGCGAGGGAGCUGCCGACAAUGCGGAGUGGAAGAAGAUGGUGGUGCUGAGCAAGAAGAAGGAGAGCAACAGCGAGGACGAGCUGGAGUACGAUCCCUCGCUGUAUCCCCAGCGAGUGGGCCGCCUGCAGCGCAUCGUGGACAUUCAGUUCAACUUCAAUGAUGGUCGCAAGGGCGGUUUCCGCAAGGGUCCUCGUCCUGGCGGACCAGGUGGACCGCGUGAGGGAGGCUACCGCAAUGACGGGCCGCGUGGAGAAGGUGGCUUCCCCCGUGGAGAGGGUGGCUAUCGCCAGGAUGGACCUCGCAACGAAGGACCUCGUGGAGAGGGUGGCUACCGCAACGAAGGACCUCGUGGAGAGGGCGGCUUCCGCAACGACGGACCGCGUGGCGAGGGCUUCCGUGGUCCGCGACCCAGCAACGGCUAUGAAAACAGACAGGAGAACAACAACAACAGAUUCGGGGAGAAACGCCGCUCCGCCCAGAAGCCCCUGAAGGUCGACGAUGAAGCUCAAUUCCCCACUCUGUGCUAGGAGCUGACAAAACAGCAACAACAAUAAGGUUUAACAAUUUCACGUAUUACAUAAUUAGUAAGCUGCUCCUUUCGGUUAACGAAUAACCAUUUAGAUUUUCGGGCGUAAUAUAUGAAGCUUGACGACCGACGACUAACAAACAGAAACAAAUCAGCCACGCUUAUCCAUAUUCCUUAGUUGUAAACAAAAAAAAAUUUUUGAAUUUUUUCACUCUCAUCAUUUACGCAUUUAUAAUAACUAUUACAAAUAGUUGGAAUGUUGAAAUAAAUUUACUUCAUUUAUAAACCAAGGAAAAAUAA